AUAAUUUAAAUUCAAUCUCUCUCUGAUUAUUAAAUGUUCUCGUUUUCGCAUCUGAAAAAUUUGGGAAAAUUGAGGAAGCUCGUGAAACGAAAUUUAAAGCUCCGUGUUUGAUUCAUAGUUCCUGCAAAUUUUCUUCUCCACGAUUCAGAUUCCGUGCUUCCUUCCUUCCAUCUUCUGGUCUGUGUUUUUGUUUGGUUUGAUUCUGAUAAAGUUUGCUGUUUGCUUUGUUGCCGAUGUCGACUGCUACCGGAGAGAUCACCAUCGUUUGCAGUCACUGUGAUAGAGAUAUUCCAUCAGCGAAUAUUGAUUUGCAUCAAGUGCAUUGUGCUCGGAAUCUAGACAAAUGCAAGAUCUGUGGCGAUAUGGUUCCUAAAAAGCAUGCCGAGGAACAUUUUUCCAAUACGCAUGCCCCGGUACCGUGCACGCUGUGUAAUGAGACCAUAGAGCGUGAGGUUUUCGCCGUUCAUAAAGGUGAAAAGUGUCCACAGAGGAUAGUGACAUGUGAAUUUUGUGAGUUUCCAUUGCCUGCCAUUGAUCUUGCUGAGCAUCAGGAAGUAUGCGGUAAUCGAACAGAACUUUGCUAUCAGUGCAAUUGCUAUGUUAGAUUGAGAGAACGAUAUAACCACGAGACUAGGUGCCCUGGCAUCGUGGACAACAAUGUUGAAUCAUCCAGAAGGAACGCGAGAGCGGAAGAAGGAGAGACGAACGGAAGGAGAAGAAGGCAAGGGAACGAAGUCUCGCACAGACGGCUUCUCUUCACGAUAGCGAUAACGGGCUUAGCCGUUCUUCUUGGAUCCCUUUUCUUUCAGAGAAAAUCGGAUGGGAGCCAAAUAGUACACUAGAUGAUGAGCAGCAUCACUCCGUGUACUGUCUGUAUAUCUGUUUGUGAAAGCUUUUAGACACUGCAAAAACUCUGUAUCUGCGAAAAGAGGUGUGCAUCAUUUGUCAUUUCUGUUGUUGCAUUGCGUCUUUGUUGGUAAUUUGAAGUUUCGGAUUCAUCCGGAAGCUUUUCAGCAGUAAUAAAUCUGUGGAAAGGAUAUACUUUUCUUGAAA